AUGGCCUUUCAUUCCACAUUGUCUGAGGCAUUUGUGGAGAAGCAGAAAUGUGAAAAUCAGUGGAAUGUACUAUGUCAAUUUGAAAAUAAUAUUUUUGUUUUCUCUCUUCCAGUUUGUCCAAGUAUAGACAUCCGGAAUAACAUGACCCUUUUCAGCAUGCUUGAGAACUGCACUGUGAUUGAGGGACAUCUGCAGAUCUUGCUUUUGUUCAGAACUAAGGCUGAGGACUUUCGAGAUCUCAGCUUCCCUAUGCUGACAAUGGUAACCGAAUAUGUCUUGCUAUUCCGGGUCUAUGGUAUGGAGAGCCUCAAGAAGCUUUUUCCCAACCUUACUGUGAUCCGUGGGACUCAUCUCUUUUUCAACUAUGCUUUGGUCAUCUUUGAGAUGGUUCACUUGAAAGAGAUUGGCCUUUACAACCUGAUGAAUAUCACACGAGGGGCUGUGCGGAUUGAGAAGAAUGAUGAGCUCUGCUUUUUGUCAACCAUUGACUGGUCUCGGAUUUUGGACUCCGUGGAAGAUAAUUAUAUUGUUGCUAACAAAGAUGAUAAGAAAGAAUGUGGAGAUGUAUGCCCAGGAAUAAUGCAAGGGAAAAGCAACUGCCCUCAAACUGUGGUCAAUGGUGAUUUCAUUGAGCGUUGUUGGAGUCAUGACCAUUGCCAGAGAGUGUGUCCUGCCACGUGCAAGUCUCAGGGCUGUACCCCAACUGGCAAGUGCUGCCACACAGAGUGCCUUGGCAACUGCAUUGAGCCCAACAAUCCACAGAAGUGUGUGGCAUGCCGGAAUUUCUUUUUGGAUGGCAAGUGUGUAGAGACAUGUCCACCUAAUUACUAUCGCUUCAAAGGCUGGCGGUGUGUGACUUUUGACUUCUGUCAGGAGCUGCACAAUAAAUGCAAGAUGGCCCGCGAGUCUGAAUGCUAUGUUAUCCACAAUGGCGAAUGCAUCUCUGAUUGCCCUUCAGGUUACACCUUGAACUCCACCAACUUACUCUGCACACCCUGUGCAGGGCUUUGUCCAAAAAUUUGUGACUUGGGUGAAGAAAAGGUAAUCGAUUCAGUUACUGCUGCACAGGGACUCCGAGGCUGCACCAUUGUGAAUGGAAGCUUGAUUAUCAACAUUCGUGGAGGAACUAACAUUGCUGCUGAGUUGGAAGCCAACCUUGGUUUGAUUGAAGAAAUCUCAGGUUACUUGAAAAUCAGUCGCUCCUAUGCCCUGGUGUCUCUUUCUUUUUUCCGCAAGCUCCACCUGAUCAGAGGACAGACUUUGGAAACAGGAAAUUAUUCAUUCUAUGCCCUGGACAACCAGAAUCUCCGCCAGCUUUGGGACUGGAGCAAGCACAAUCUCACUAUUGCCCGAGGGAAGCUCUUCUUCCAUUACAACCCCAAGUUGUGUCUGUCAGAAAUCCAUAAGUUGGAAGAGAUCUCAGGAACGAAAGGGCGCCAGGAGAAGAAUGAUAUUGCUCUCAAGACCAAUGGCGACCAGGCUUCUUGUGAAAAUGAAGUGCUGAAGUUUUCUUUAAUAAAAACAUCCAGUGACAAAAUUGUACUGAAAUGGGAGCCAUAUUGGCCGCUGGACUUCCGUGACCUUUUGGGCUUCAUGCUGUUCUAUAAGGAAGCUCCCUUCCGGAACGUGACGGAAUUUGAUGGCCAGGAUGUUUGUGGCUCCAACAGCUGGACGGUGGUGGAUAUUGAACCUCCUCCCCGGCCGACUGAUGGCAGGGCACCAUCCCAUCCUGGGUUUCUGAUGCGGAACCUGAAAGCCUGGACUCAGUAUGCCAUUUUUGUGAAGACACUGGUCACCCAUUCAGAUGAGCAGAAGAUCUAUGGGGCGAAGAGCGAGAUCAUAUACAUUCAGACUAAUGCUUCUGUGCCAACUGUCCCCCAGGAUCCAAUUUCUGUUUCCAACUCUUCAUCACAGAUCAUUCUGAAGUGGAAACCACCUUCUGAUCCCAAUGGGAAUAUUACACAUUAUAUGGUAUCCUGGGAACAGCAAAGUGAAGACAGUGAACUCUAUGAACUAGAUUACUGUCUGAAGGGCUUGAAGCUACCCUCUCGGACAUGGUCUCCCCCUCUAGUAGAUGAUGGCAACAAGCACAAUGUGAGCGAGAAUGAAAAAAUGAGUGGAGAGUGUUGUACCUGCCCUAAAACAGACUCUCAGAUCCAGAAGGAGUUGGAGGAAUCUGCCUUCCGGAAGACUUUUGAGAAUUACCUCCACAAUGAAGUAUUUGUUCAGAGGUAAGUUCCUGAGUGUGGCUGCCUUUCUUCUGGCUUAAGUGAGGACAUUCAGAUUUGCUUUCUCUGCUGUCAAGCAGGAGACAGAUGGAGGUAUAACUGUCAGAGUACUUAGUUUAUAGUACUAAACAAUAAUAAAGCUGUUGGAAAAAGCAACUAAUUCCUUGAGAGGUUUUACAAAUACUCAACUUACUGUAACUGGUUUUGUUUAAGUAUUUUCCUUUCUUGGCCAGGCAAACAGAAGUUUCUGAAAUUAUUCUUUACUCUUGUGGUAAAUACAAAAUCCUACAGAAUGUCUUAUAUAUGUGCUGCCUCACUGGGGAAAAGCAGGUGCUACUCUUUAAGGUUUUUCUCAUCCUCCCACAUCAGCAAGUAAUGUCAUAAUAAACAGUCUGUUAUGCCUUAUCUUCUGUUUUUGGUAGAUUCUGGCUAGAGUGCCCUGGAAACAUAGUGAGCUUCUGAUAUUAACACAAUAGUAUCAUUGGUUCCUUGUAGAAGGAGACUUUCUUACCUUCCUAAUGUGUCUCAGAUAAUUUGAUGCAACUUUGCCUGUGUUGUUCCAGCUGUCUGUGAGGCUUUGUUUGACAUAGCUGCUGGUCUUUUAUAAGGCAGGGGAACUUUGGUCCAAGCGUUCAUUUGGUUAGCAGGCAAACUAAAUGAAGAAUCUCAAAGGUAAUGAUUCAACUAGGCCUGAGCCUUAGUGACUCUUAUGAAAGAUAAU